GUGUUUUUAAACAGCCCCGUAUGUGUCGGUAGAUAAAGCUGCAGAUCCAGACAUAAAUAGCCGUGUGUUUGAACGGUAGAGCUGUAUUCAGAUGGUCUAUGGAUACACCUGGGCUAGCUGGUUAAACUGUGGACGGUCGGCAGCUGUUUGACCAGCAGCACUUAGGACGGCUCACUCAGGACAGACAUGCCAUACAAGAACACAGAGAAGCGCAAAGAAAAGUCUCGAGAUGCCGCACGCUGUAGACGAGGGAAGGAGACGGAGGUCUUCAUGGAACUCUCCAACUGUCUGCCCAUGGCCGAGAGCAUAUCCAGUCAGCUGGACAAGGCAUCCGUCAUGAGACUGUCCAUCAGCAUGCUAAAGAUUUACAAUAUUCUCAACAACACUUUCUACAAAUCUGAAGAUGGCAAGAGUUUGUCCAAGAAGUCCAAGGGAGAUAAGCUGGACCAGCUGUAUCAGAAAGCCCUGGAAGGCUUUGCCUUUAUCCUGUCCCAGGAGGGAGAUAUUGUCUACCUGUCUGAGAGUGUCACAAAGUACCUGGGUCUUCAGCAGAUUGAGCUGAUGGGUCAGAGUAUCUACGAGUUCACCCACCCAUGUGACCAUGAUGAAAUCAAAGAAAUGUUAACAGUGAAACCAAGCGCACAACAAAAGACCCCCAGCAACACAGAGAACAGAAUCUUCUUCCUCCGCAUGAAGUGCACCCUCACAGCUAAAGGCAGAAAUGUCAACCUUAAAAGUGCUACUUUUAAGGUGAUGAAAUGUUCCGGCCGCCUGGUGACCAAAGAACUUUCCAGUGAAACUGACGUCAGUGCCAGCACCUUCCCCUACCUGGUGGCAGUAGCAGAGCCCAUCCCUCACCCUGCCAACAUUGAGAUCCCCCUGGACAGCAAGACCUUCCUGUCCAAACACAGCAUGGACAUGCACUUUAUCUUCUGUGAUGAAAGAAUUGAAGAGCUAGCCGGCUACAAUUGUGAAGCUAUGAUUGGCCAGUCCCUGUAUGACUUCCACCAUGCUCUGGACUCAGAUGUCAUUGACAAAGCCUUUAAAGACCUUUUCUCUAAAGGCCAGACAAUGACUGGAGCCUACCGUUUCCUGGCCAGGCAUGGUGGGUACAUGUGGGUCAUCACACAAGCAACUAUCAUCAACAACAGCCGUACACAAAAGCCACAGUGGGUUGUGUGUGUACACUAUGUUCUGAGCCAAGUGGAGGAGAGAGGGAGCAUCCUGUCCCAUGUACAGACAGACGAGGCCCCCCUGUCUGACCUGAUGCCACCCAAGCUGGAGCUGAGUACUGAGAACAUCUUCGCCCCCAAGACCAAGGACAUGGACACUGGUUAUUUUGUACCACCUGAGCUCAAGAAUUCUUUAACUUUCCUAAAGAAAGAUGAACCAGAAGAUUUGUCCUACCUAGCACCAAAUGCAGGGGAUGAAAGUGUGCCUCUAUAUAACUAUGGAACAGAUGCACUGCUGCUGUGUGCCAGCCCCCCACUGAAGACAGAACCAGAGAACAGCUUGCUGGACAUGUGUUACCGCAAGGACAACUCCCCCCUCUCAGCCCUCUCUUCUAAUGCCUCCUCCAGGAUCGCCAGCCCAAGUGACUACCUGAACAUUGCAGUACCAGGAGAUGUGGAGUCCAUGGACCAGUUCUUCCAGUCCAUCAAGGCCUCGGACCAGGAUCCUGAUGUGGAGGACAUUGAUUUCGACAUGAGAGCGCCUUAUAUACCCAUGGAUGGGGACGAGGACUUGGGGCUACUGCCUCCGUCUUCAAACAUCCUCUUCAAUCUUUCAUCAGAUCUAAACCCAGGAUUAUUUGGACAAACAGAAUCAGUAUUUGGACCCAAACAUGCCCUGUUUGAGGAGCUGCCCCAACCCCCUAAAGCCAGUGUCCGGGACAUGCUAGGGGGCAGCACUGCUGUGGCCAGUAUAGAGCAGCCCCCUGACACCAUGUACCUCCAGAUGAAGAGACCUCUGGACAUGAAUAGCCUUGAGAACGGUCCACCAACCAGGAAGGUCAUUAGGAUAGAUGCUGGCACACCUGAUAUACAAACUAGUGCCAGUACUCUACAGACAGACAGUGGAGGUGGUGGCUGUAACAAAGACAGUGUACUCCUCAACCUCCUCCUGAGAGGGGAGGACCGUGUCUAUGGUUACAAGGUCAACAACAUGAUUGGCAAGACAUUCAGUCAAGCAAUGCUACCAAACUUGACCCGACAAGACUGUGAAGUCAAUGCUCCUAUUCAAGCUAAUCCCCUGCUUCAAGGGAGGGAACUGCUUCAUGCACUAGAGGGGAUCAAAAUGGGAGCAAAGAUUGUCCGCCCCCACCUGUGAGGUGAUACCCUGGAAUGUGCUGUUGAUGUUCCAUGAAACAGAUAUUUGUCCAUUUGAUGACAUCAAAAGAAUGAGGCUAUUUUUUUCACCCACCAUUUUCUGCUGGAUGCUGGUCCCAGUUUUUUUACAGCAAGCAGCUUUUUAAGGAAUUAAAGACACAACUGACCAAACAGGAAUUCAAGUGCUGGGAUUCAAGUUUAAUUUGCCGUUACAAAGUGGACCAUAUUAGGAGACAAACAUUUGAAGGCAACUUUGGUCAUGGCUUAGUGCUGAGACCUAAGUUAUAAAACUAUAAGAUAGGCAUGUACAUAUAGCAUGGGUGGAUUCUUCUCUUUAUUCAACUAGACUGGAAACUAAUAUCUCAAUGGCCUUAUUCCCACUUGGUGAAAUUCAAUUAUUUUUUACUCUUUUAGUGUACAAAAAAAAAAUCUCCCUUUCAUUACAUUGUUUUUAUUGUGCUGACAAAAAUGUUAAGAGAAAAAAAAAUUUUGAAAUAUUUUUUUUAAAAUUAUAGUGCGCCAACUGGGAGACCAAGAUGAGUGCAUUUAUAUCUUUCAAUGUUGAAGGCAUGUUCCUUAUAGUCUACAGCUUUGGUUGACAACUCCCCUUUGUACCAUUAUUGUAUUAUAUUCAUGGAUCAUCAAGAAAACAGAGACCUACCCUGCUUGUGGGUGGACCAAAAAAAAAGUUUUUGCAUGUGGCACUAUAUCAAUGUAUAUCAUCAUGUUUAUAAUAUAGAUCUUUAAAGCUUCUCCUGGAAGCUUUUUUCUUUUAAAGCUCUGUGGUUUGUUUCUUUCUGUAAUUCAAAUUCAUACAGCUGUAAGUAUGUGCUUACAAAUAUUUUUUCUAGUUUAGUGCUCAUGUUUUACUAGAAAUUCAUGUAUACAUUGGAAAAAAAAAUGUAAAAAAAAAAAAAAAAAAAAAAAAAAUUGUAAACUACUAAAAUGUAAAAAAAAAAUAUAAAAAUAAAAAAAAUAAAAUAAAAAAAUACGCAAUACAGAUUUCCACAUAGCUUCUUGAUUCUAAUUAAUAAUACAUCAGAUCAAACUUUUGAUAGAUUUUUUUUUCUUUUUGCAUGCCAAAUGAUAUCUACCAUUAUGUAUAGUGUUUUUAUCUUAUAAAUAACACACUGUUUCAUAUUAGAUCUUAUCAUAGCCUACGGGACUGUCUUUGUUUGCAAUCUCAGAGAUUCUUCUUCCUAGAGUUUAAAUAAAACACUGUUACUUUCACUAAAGAAGUUUAUGGCUUACCAGGAUUGUUCUCAAGCUUAGAGAGUCUUUACAUACCAGUUUGUUUUAGGUUUGCUGGGGGGGGGGGUGUGCAGUCGGGGAGACAUAGAGUAACAUUCAACGUAUGUGGAAACUGUACUUUUGUUCUGUUAUCUCGCAUGACAUGCUUCAAAAAAUGUGAUAUUCAACUAAUUGUGUAGCUUGAAAAAUGUUUAGAUGACCAGUGAACUAUGUCUAAGGUUAGUUCUCUCUCUAGUAGAUGACCAGUAAACUAUGUCAAGUAGGGGUAGCUGAAUGGAAAUAAUUAUUUUAUUAUCAGAUAGUAUUGGACCAAUGUCAGGUAACAUUUAAUACUCACUGCUAGAGGGACAAUUUAUGCCCCCAUCUUCACUAAACAUCAGCUUGUCAUGAAUCACCACUUUGUGUAGAAACUUAGCUCUGUAGCAGUUAGUUUUUACUUGUUCAUGUUUUUAAUUUGUUUGAAAAAUGCUGUUUUACACAACAGAGGAAUCAGCUUAUAUGAGGAAAGUUGUUUUGUUUGAGAGUAAUUUAAACAAUGUAAAUUUUUAACUGCCAGCUUCAAGCUGUGAACAUUUUACAACUAUUUAUUUUAUUGAUUGUUAUGGCAUAUUGUUGGCUCAUUUUAAUAUCUCUAUAGAAUAUGGCAAUAAAGUGCAUAUUUUCUUUUUAUAGAUUGGAAACAUGGUGAAAACAUUGUGAAGUAAUUUUUUUAACCAAAAUUUCUGUUUUCAAUGAGUGUACAACUUAAAAAAAAUGUUUCUUACAGAACAUUUCCAACCCACUGUGAUUGUAUUUUUCUUUAGUCACUCUUGGAAUUUAAUCCUGGCCUUCAGUGGCUUAUUUUUAAGAUGGCUAAAUUAAAAGUAUUAUAAAAAUGAGUUAUAUUUAUAGAGUUUAUGAUAUAUAGAUAAAAAAAAAUGUCUAAAGUGUAAUAAUUAUGUAUAAUGCAUUUUCACAUUGGCAAACCAUGUACAGCUUUCAAUGUCACUAACUUUGUAAACCAUGUCUUCAUUAUUUUUUUUACUGUCCAUUGUCAUGAAACUUUUUACUGGCAAUACAUUUUCUCAUUUGGUUUUAGCAUAACUGGGUAUGACUAAUUAAUUGAAUUUGAUUGGUUUUUGUGAAAAAAAUAGUUAAUGAGUGGGGGGUCACAUUUUACCUAAUCCUACCCAUUUAUGCUAAGAGAAUUGUUUUCUUGUUUAGUGUAAUGCCAUUACCAAAAUAAAACUCCUUUUGUUUCCUAC